UGAAGAUUGCGCGCUGCAUCUGGCUCAUAGCCAAUGCUAAUAGAAAGGUCAAUACCAUCAUCGAUGGAAAAUGCUCAAAGCUCUGCUAUCAAAACCGGCCAAAGUCCAAACCUGCACACAUGAGCAUGAGUCCAUGACCCACCUGGAGCCCUGCACAAGGCGCGCCCUUGACGGGGAAGAGUCACCCGCCGGAUCGGAGCCUCCCAUGCGGAUUGAAUAUAAUCCAGGACCACCUCCUCCAUCACUAUCACUCACCACUAAAGCCCAUUUUUGUACGUCGACUCUUUGCAAAUCGGCCGGCGGCCUGGGGUCAGAUCGUCCGCACAAGAGCAUCUCAUCCUCACCAGUUGGGCCAGCGACACGCUUCAACGCCAGCCAUGGCCACGACACAAACAUUCAGCAUACGUCCGGGUUGUCGCGCGGACCUGCCUCACGCGGUCGAGGUCUUCCUUUCAGCUUUUCGCAAGGAUGAUCUUUUCGACAUUCUCUUCCCGAACCGCCACACGCACCCCCACGUCAUUCGGGCCCAGAUCUCUCGACUCUAUGCGUCUCGUUACUGGUCUCUGAACUAUGAUCUGCGCGUGGUCGCAGGCAACGACGAUGGCCGAAUCGUGGGGCUCACCUGGUGGAAGAGGCCAAAGGCAGCCAUGUCAUUUUGGGAGCGUUGGGUGUCACCUUAUGCUUGGAUUGCCCCCUUGAUCUCGACGUGGUUCUCUAUCAGGGACUGGCUGUUUCCUAUCAAGGACCUGGACAAGUAUGCCGGUGACACAUUUGUUCGCGCCUUUGCAACGGUCGAGCCUGCUCUGAUCAACACCCCACGGCGCGAGAAAGCGUGGUACCUCUCAACGCUGGCUGUUGACCCAACUGUGCAAAGCAAGGGACUAGGCACCAUGCUGCUGCGAGACGGGCUCGAGAGGGUAGACCAAGAGGGAAAUGCUGCAUGGCUGAUUGCUCUGGAGACGGUUGAGGAAUACUACAAGAAGCAUGGCUUCCGAGAGGUUGGCAGGGCGAACGUCGGCGAGUUGCAGGACUGGACCGGUGGCGCUAUUAUGUUUAGAAACGAUGAAUGAGCACAGGAUAGCACGUUACGAAGGCGACAAGCUAGUCUCGAAUCAUCACGUUCUCUUCAACGGUCCUUGGUAUAAGGCGUACCUGGGGCCGACUGAUCGUCUAUCACGGAGACCUAAA